AGUCCUGCUGGGCUCGGCUCCAGUGGCAGGGGUGGGGCUGGAGGCGUAUUUCUUCCCUGGCUGCUCAGUGGGGGCCUCCUGCUGGGCUAUUCCAGGAAGGCAGUGUGUGGAGGGCAGGCAGGGCCAGUGCAGGUGCCAGAGCACACUGGAUAAAAGGCUGGGGGCAGCGGGCAGGGAAGGCGGCCAGGCCCUGAUCUGCGGUCAGCCAAGCGGGCACACGGCACAAAGCCAGAGAAGCACCUCCGUGCCUGGUCCCAGGACUCGUCUGCCUUCUGCUGCCAUGGGGCACAGUGUUGGCCCCUGGCUCUGCCUGGCUCCCUUAGUCUUGGGGCUGUGGUCUGGAGGUGUGAGCUCCACCACACUGCCCACAUCCAGGCCCUGGAGCCCCUGCUCUCUGGAGGGGAUAGAGAUCAAAGGUGGCUCCUUCCAACUUCUAAAGCAGGGCCGGGCCCUGGAGUACGUGUGUCCCUCGGGGUUCUACCCUUACCCAGUGCAGACGCGGAUCUGCAGGUCCACGGGGAACUGGAGCAGCCUCAAGACUCAGGACCACAAGAUCGUCAAGAAGGCCGAGUGUAGAGCGAUCCACUGCCCGAGGCCCCAGGAGUUUGAGAAUGGGGACUACUGGCCGCGGUCACUACACUACAACGUGAGUGACGAGAUCUCUUUCCACUGCUACAAUGGCUACACGCUCCGGGGCUCUGCCAACCGCACCUGCCAAGCCAACGGCCGGUGGGAUGGACAAACAGCCAUCUGUGAUGACGGAGCGGCCUACUGCCCCAACCCCGGCAUCCCCAUCGGCAUGAGGAAGGUGGGCAGCCAGUACCGCCUGGAAGAUACGGUCACCUACCACUGCAGCAGGGGGCUCAUGCUGCGCGGCUCCCAGCAGCGCAAGUGCCAGGAAAGUGGCUCCUGGAGUGGGACGGAACCUUCCUGCCAAGACUCCUUCAUGUAUGACACUCCCCAGGAGGUGGCCGAGGCCUUCCUGUCUUCCCUGACCGAGACCAUAGAAGGGGUCGAUGCUGAGGACGGGCACAGCCCAGGGGAGCAGCAGAAGCGCAGGAUCAUCCUGGACCCUGCGGGCUCCAUGAACAUCUACCUGGUGCUGGACGGCUCAGACAGCAUUGGUGCCAGCAACUUCACGGGGGCCAAGAGGUGCUUGGCCAGCUUGAUCGAGAAGGUGGCGAGUUACGGGGUGAAACCGCGGUAUGCACUUGUGACUUACGCCACAGAACCCAAAGUCCUGGUCAGUGUGGUGCAGGACAAGAGCAGCGAUGCAGAUUGGGUUACUGAGAAGCUCAACAAGAUCAGCUACGAAGACCACAAGCUCAAGAGCGGCACGAACACCAAGAGGGCACUCCAGGAGGUGUACAACAUGAUGAACCUGGCGGUGGACAGCCAGCCUGGCAGCUGGAACCGCACCCGCCACGUCAUCAUCCUCAUGACCGACGGCUUGUACAAUAUGGGCGGCGACCCGGUCACCAUCAUCCAUGACAUCCGGUACUUGCUGGACAUUGGCAGGGACCGCAAGAACCCACGGGAGGAUUAUCUGGAUGUGUACGUGUUUGGCGUGGGGCCCCUGGUGGACCAGGUGAACAUCAAUGCCCUGGCUUCCAAGAAGGAUGGCGAGCAGCACGUGUUCAAAGUCAGGGACAUGGAGCACCUGGAGGAUGUCUUCUUCCAGAUGAUUGAUGAGAGCCAGGCUCUGGGGCUCUGCGGCAUGGUGUGGGAGCACAGGAAGGGCACGGACUACCACAAGCACCCGUGGCAGGCCAAGAUCUCGGUCACUCGGCCACAGAAGGGCCACGAGAACUGCAUGGGGGCCGUGGUGUCCGAGUACUUUGUGCUGACGGCGGCCCACUGCUUCACUGUGGAGGACCAGAAGCACUCCAUCAAGGUCAACGUGGGAGGGAAGAGGCAGGACCUGGAGAUAGAAGAAGUCCUAUUUCACCCUAAGUACAACAUCAAUGCGAAAAAGGAGCAGGGGAUUCUGGAGUUUUAUGACUACGAUGUGGCUUUGGUUAAGCUCAAGAAUAAGGUGACAUUCAGCCAGACUCUCCGGCCCGUGUGCCUCCCCUGCACCCUCGGAACAACUCGAGCCCUGCGGCUUCCACCCACAGCCACCUGCAGGCAGCACAAGGAGGAGCUGCUCCCUGCCAAGGAUGUCAAAGCCCUGUUCAUCUCUGAGGAGCAGAAGAAACUGACCCGGAAGGAGGUCUACAUCAAGAACGGAGAGAAGAAAGCUGGCUGUGAGCAGGAUGCCAAGCAUGCCACAGGCUACGACAAAAUCAAGGACAUCUCUGAGGUUGUCACCCCCAGGUUCCUAUGCACCGGUGGAGUGGACCCGUACGAUGAUCCCAACACCUGCAAAGGAGACUCCGGCGGCCCCCUGAUCAUUCACAAGAGGAGUCGCUUCAUCCAGGUGGGAGUUAUCAGCUGGGGAGUGGUAGACGUCUGCUAUGACCGGAAACGGCAACAGCGGGUACCUGCUUAUGCCCGGGACUUUCAUGUCAAUCUCUUCCAAGUGCUGCCCUGGCUCAAGGAGAAACUCAAGGAUGAGAAUCUGGAUUUCUUAUAAGGAGUUUUCAGCUGGAAAGGGGGCAUGGGUUCGAAUUAAAGCAGCUGCGAUAAUCA